UUCCGGGAGGAUUACCCGUCAUGCCCCGCGGGCGAAGAUGGCGACAGCUCGAGCUAAGAGCCGCUCAACUUUCUUCGAGUGAUUUUCCGCACUCGCUCGAAGGCUGCCGGGCGGCUCUUUGUCCUCGCGCCGAGGCCGCCGGGCGCGACCGCACGCGCGGCGGAGGAACGACGCUCGCUCCUGGCUUGGGAUAGCUCCGGAGCCCGCCGCGCCGGAGAACGCGGCUUCGGCUGAACUUUCCGCCCCGCUCUGCCGAGCGGCGGGCCGGGCCGACUGAUCUGACGCCGAGGAGGAAGGACAGCGAGCGGCCCAGGAUGAGCAGCGCGGCGCCGUCCAGGAAGCCGUACCGUAAAGCUCCGCCGCAGCAUCGGGAAGCGCGUCACGGCCCCGCCGCUGCGCCCGUGCCAACGUCGCCCCCUCAGACGCAAGCGCCGGACGACAGUCAGGAGGUUUUGUCUGACUCGGACCGGAUCAGAAUCCUUCAGCAGCAGAAUGAGGAUCUGCGCGGACGCCUGACUUUCUCCACCCGCAAGAUGGAGGCCAUGGAGGCGGAGUUUGACGGGAGCCGCCAUUACAUGGAGGCGGAGCUGAGUCGCACAAGAGAUGACCUUGAGAAGAUGAGGGACAAGUUUCGCCGACUCCAGAACAGCUACACGGCGUCUCAGAGGGCCAAUCAGGACUUGGAAGAGAAGCUCCAUGCUCUGCUGCGGACGGUGGAGCGAGACAAGAAGACGAUGGACCAGGAGAUGGUGAAGCUGACCGACAAGCUCCUGGAGGCGAAGAAUACCAUCGACCGGCUGGAGGAGCUGAACGAGCGUUAUCGGCUGGACUGCAACCUCGCCGUGCAGCUGCUCAAAUGCAACAAGUCGCAUUUCAGGAACCACAAGUUUGCUGAUCUGCCGUGCGAACUCCAGGACAUGUUGAAGAAGCACAUGAAGAGCAGCAGCCUGCCCGAGCCGAGCCCCGCCCCCUGCAGCCAGGACCCGGACACGCUGAGCCUGACGCCGUCCGACGUGGUCCCGACCUCGGUGAUCGCUCGGGUCCUGGAGAAACCCGAACCGCUGCUCCUCAACUCGGCGCAGUCCAGCAGCCGCGGCUGGCCGGCCGCCGAGGACGUGUUCGUGCACGUCGACAUGACGGCGGGGGGGCGGGGGGCCGAGGACGAGGCGCCGCUCGACGGCCCGUGCCGGAGCCCCGGCGGGCCCGACGCCGGCGAGGAGGCGGGCGCCGCGCCCUCCUUCGACAAGUUGAAUCCGUACCCGCCGCCGCCGCCGCCCGCUUUGCUCUGCCCCGGCCGAAAGGUCAUCGAGUUUUCCUCGGACGACAAAGUGAAGAUUCCCAAGAACAGCCCGCUUCCCAACUGCACGUACGCCACGCGACAGGCCAUCUCGCUCGGCCUGCACGGCGAGCAGCGGCCCCUCGGGCCGCCCAGCCCCGCCCCCUCGCGCGGCGCGCUCCGGCACCGCCGCGACGCCGCCGACACGCCCUCCAGCCAGUCCAGCCCCUUCAGCAGCCCGCCGCAGGGGCCCAGCGUGGGGGCCAGUUCCGCCAGUUCUUCCGAGGACCUUCUGGCCAACUGGCAGCGGGUGUUUGUGGACAAGGUGAUGCCCUCUGCGGUGGGCGGGGCCCCAUCCAGGGCGGAGUACUCGGACGGCGAGGAGGGCUCCACCCCGAGCCACGCCUCCAGCCUGGACACCGACACGGACGCCGAGCCCCGCGCCUACGCCGGGGGCCUGUACGGCGCCGGGGAGCGCCUCCUGAUCGACCCGGACCGAGACGGCGGGAGUGGCCGCGCGGCGCUCGAUUUGAUGACGCCGCCGCGCCGCCGGGACGAGGACGAGGAGGAGGAGGAGGCCGAGGAGCCGGGUCACCUCGUCCGGGACUUGCCCGUCAUUUCGCCCCACCUCAUGGACUUGGACCCCGCCUUUGCGGCGGCUGCGCUGCCGCGACCUCACAGGAGCCCCAAGAGGAUGGGGGUGCACCACCUGCACAGACAACAACAAUAACACGCAAGACCGCGUGUCCCGUACACAAACGCACUCGCAAGCAGGAUACAGCCAUAAGCUCUAUUUGGAAGAAAAGCAAAACGCCAUCCUCUCGGUGCCUCGGCGACACGCAACAUGACUUUCAUGUCCAAGGAAGUUGCCUUGUCUUUGGUUCGGUGUCGACGCCAUUGCCGCGCCGGCCGACACGAUGUCCCAUAUGCCAUCGAAACCACGGCGCGGCCCCAAAUUGCCGAGGAGCGUUCCUUUGCUUUUAGCCGUGCGAGUACGGCGGCACGUAAGCCGCGCGAGCCUUUAGAACGUCGGCGCCGACUGUUUUCUACAAGACCAUCGAUUGUUGCUCGUGUCCCAACACCUUUUUUUGUUUUCUGCUUUCUUUUUUGGUGACGUUGCCGAUUGUGACCGGCCGCCGCGGCCAACCGUUUGUACAACUUCCGUCGGUUCAGUAUCGAUGCCGUCGAUCGUCGACGUGCGAUCGGACGGAUCGGGCUUUGCCGAUGUUCCGUCAGCACGCGAUGGCCGGCCUUUGAGAAGAAAGGCUUUUUGCGGGCUGCGCGCGAGGCGGAGGCAAAGUUUGCCGGCGCGUCUGCCAACAGCAGGACCCGUUUGCGCCGAGUCCAAAUAGAUUUGAUGUGGAUCGACUCGGCAGCACUUGUCCUUUUCUUAGCGCGCAUCCCGGCGGCGCCGCCGGGUCGCGCUUGACUUGGUUCGACGCGUUGAGCGUUUCAAUCUUGGCAUUCUGUUCCGAGCCUACGAUGAAACGCUUUUGCUGACGUGUAGUCAAAGGUUUUGCUCGCUCUCUUCGACUUGUGAAAUAAAAAGAGGAAAACUUGCUUUGAGCUCGCCCGACACGCCCCUCGCCGCUCACGAGACGCAAGGGACACUCGUCGCCCUUUUGUUCCCUUCCGACAACUUGUCGGUGAAUUGUGUUAACCGAUGCGCGGCCACUUGGCGUUUCCGUGCUCGCCGCGCCGACGUCGGGAUGACUUUGGGUUGGACGAAACGUCAGCGGCUCGGAACACGGCCUCCUCGGCGACCGGUUCUCGCAGUCUGACCUUUGACGACGGUCGAGCACUUCAAGGUUCCCACCACACUUUGAAUGAUUUGUAAACUGAUGCGUAUUUUCAAAU